AAUCGACACAAAAUGAUUAUAUUAAUGAACGCCAACCGUGCGAUACCAUGAAAGUAGGCCGUAAUUUAGACGCUAAGGGAUAUGGUUUGGCGACUCCGUUAGGAAGUCCUCUCCGGGUUGAACUCAAUUUAGCGGUUCUUAAUCUCAUCGAAAGCGGAGAUUUGACUAAAUUGGAGAACAAGUGGUGGUACGACAGGUCCGAGUGCAAGACCAAAGACCUUAAGGAAUCAUCGCAAAGUGAAUUGACCUUGUCCAAUGUAGCAGGGUGUUUCUAUAUAUUGAUUGGCGGUCUUGUGAUGGCAAUGAUUGUUGCUUUACUUGAAUUCUGUUGGAAGAGUAGGAAAGAAGCGCUUCAAUCAAAGACCACUAUUUAUGAGGCAAUGAAAGCGAAUGUUCGCCUUUCGAUCACAGGAUCGCCCGCUUAUUCUGUUUACUUAGAAAGGGCUCGACUCAGGACAGACUCUGUCUAAUAAUAGUCCCUUAGUUUACAGAUAUAAUCAAUUUUAGCCUAAAUAUAAAAAGUGUAC